CCGACGACACACAGCGGCACAGCAACAGCAACAGGUCACGGCGCUACUGAAACACAGGCCAGUCCUAGAGGAUCUAGUUUGCCACAAGCAAAUAUAAAAAUAACAAACAUUUGCAUACGUUUAUUCAAAUAAGGUACUGGAGACAACCGAUAAAAACACAGACAGAUAACAACCAAUGAGCGAUAACACACGCGCACAGUCCAGAGGGCACGGCCCCGCCUGGUGCAGCGUCAUACAUUAUUACUGGUCAUAAAUGCUCUUAUUGUCGUCAUAAGAACUCGAUUGUGACGGUGGCGUCAUGUCUACGAUCGAAAGGUUCUUAAAGUACAAAACACGCUAGAAUGGCUUUCUCCAAUCGGUGUUUUGUUUUUUCAGAUACCAUGCAUGGCAGCUUUCUUGUGGACAUUUAGCAUCCUCGCUUUGGAUCUAAUUCCCGUUUGUUUUUGCACUCAGAAUAUGGCAGUAUAUAAGAAAAAUCUUGCGUCCAACGUGUCUUCAAAGGACUCGCGCAUUUCCUCGAUAUAUGGAGAUAGCGAAGAGGAUUCGAUCGCCCCUUGGAAUCUUGAUCAAAGUUUCAGCUGGGGCAAUUCAUCCAAUAGCGCUUUUUUACAAGACCCGUCCACUGAUCAACGUGGCUCAAACUCUGACCCAGGCAGCCAGCUGUCCUUAUCUCAACAUCUCGACUUUAAUGAAUUGCUGGAAGAAUGUUUCGUUUUUGAGGCUCUUCAAAAUGUGGUUUCCGAGUUUGAUGCGAAUCCUGUCCCUCUCAGCAAGGCAGAGCGGCCAUCAUCUCAUAACAGCGUCCCGGUUGGAAAUGAACAUGUUUAUUUUGCCCCUGACAACAGGGCAGCAUCUGAGCAACAUAUUGACUCCACCAUGCCUCCAAUACACUCCUGCUUGUCCUCUUCGUCUCUGAUGCAGUCCGCAAGCUCUAGAGACAGCAUCCGAGCUCUCAAAGUUGAUGACAGUUCCAACUGGGGGUAUUCAUCCAUGGACAGCCCACUUCCACAAACAUCCACUGAUCAAUACGACUCACCAUCCUGUCUCAGCAUAAGUUCUACAUCUUCUCUAAAUGGGGAACUCCUGCAAGAACGUUUAGAUUUUGAAGCUUUCCAGAAUGGGGUUUCGCAGUUUGGUCAGAAGCUUGUCCCGGACACCAAUGUGGACGGUAGCCCGCGAUCAUCUUGUAACAGCACCAGGUCCAAGAAAGUCCUCAAAAUUCUGAACCUGGUAGAAAGGGAAUUUGAGCUGGGUGAUCGUGUGAAUAACACGCCAACCCCUUCAAAUGACAGAGCGCAAACAGAUUCACACAGCUCUUCUCCUGGGGAGCACUGGUCAUCCACAGGGGUGUGCCCUGUCAGAAAGCUGUCUAUAAACGGGAACAAGGAAUCUAAAGUAGACAAAAAGAAAUAUGUAUUAAUCCUAGAAAAACUCAGCAGCGACAUUGUUGAUGAGCGUUUAAAGACAGACAAUCUCGAGGCUGAGCCCACGCAGGACCAAGAGCUAAUCGAGAGCCUGAAAGCUGCACCUCAGGAUUCGACUGAGCCACCAGCAGACAGACAGACAGACAGAGAAGCAGACACUUCUGAUCAUGAUGUCAAACAGACCAUGCAGCAUCAAGUGGAAUACAGCCAAGAGAAGAGAUCUCAUGAACUACAGGCAAAGGAAGACAAAAGCAAAGAGAAAAACAGAAAACUAAAAGAAAGUGACAUUUCCACCCAAGAACAAGAGCCCAGCUCCCCCGGGGUGUCGGAGACCACUAGAAUUAUUACCGAUGCUUUUGCGAAUUUAUGUCGCAGAACCAAAAAACAAGUUGAACUUGAGCAGAAACUUGGCUUUUGUUUGCUUCCUUUCAAAAGUAGAAUUAGCAGACGUGCGCUCCUCGCUGAGAGCCUAGAGCCGCGUUUGAGCCUCAAUGAGCAGCCAGUCAAUCCGCACAGACAAGGCUGCGUGGCGUCGCUUCCCGAGUGGGCAUGCCCGAGCCAGCCUGACUACCUGGAGCGCGCUGAGCACGGAGGAUCCAGAAGCAGAAGCAGCUUCCCUGUGGAAACAGCGCGGGCCUGCUCAGCGGCCCCCCCGUGGAUCCCGUCUGCACGCAACAAACACAAAAGUGGACAGGAAAAGUGCUCCGUAAAGACACACAGAUUUUACUACAAGACAGAGCACAAUAAAAAGUAUUUGUAAGAAAAUGUGUAAGACUAUAGAGCUGGAGGACAUUGAAUACCACUUUGUAAAUGAUGAUGAAGAUGAAAAUGAUGAUGAAGAUGACGAUGAUGAUGAUGAUGAUGAUGAUGAUUAUUAUUAUUAGUAGUAGUAGUAGUAGUAGUAGUAGUAGUAGUAGUAGUAGUAGUAGUAGUAGUAGUAGUAGUAGUAGUAGUAGUAUAUUAUUUCAGUAUAAUGCAGUAUUUUCAAUAUUUUAAAUGUUAUGGGUGGGGGUGAUAGUUGGUGUAUGUCUUUAUUAAACAUUAUCAAACGUUACUAACUUGCAA